GGAACAAACAAGAGACGGAACCAAUCAAUGAGGACAGGCAGCAGUAGGCGCCCCUCGCCGCCGCGUGCCUUUUGUGCGUGAUACUUCUUGCUGUCGAUUGGCCAACCUUGGGCCAACCCUCUGCAUCCAUAUCCCAUCCGCCAUGUCCGUCCUCCGCUCGGCCCCCCUCGCCCGCCUCCCCCGCUCCCUCCCCCUCGCCCUCAGAUCCUACUCCACCCCGCCCCAGCCACCAAAGCCCCUCCAGCAACAACAGCCAGACGCUGCCUCGCCAUCCUACCUCCAACAGUCUCCAAACGUCCCCACCACCUGGUCCAAGGGCCAGAACCCCAAGCCCCAUGCCGUGGACAAUGCGCGGUUCGAGCAAAACUCGUGGAGACACCAGCCCAACCAGCCCAGCGCCAUGGGCAUGGUCGCCGAGGACCCUGUGAGGCUGGUCAAUGGAAGGAAGGCUGUCUGUGACGGUGGUGGUGGUGCUCUUGGUCACCCCAAAAUCUACAUCAACCUUGUAAGUUUCUGUCAUCGUGUACGGAUGUUUGAGCUGACAAUGUCUUUCGCAGGAUAAGCCAGGUAUGUCCACAAAUAGUAACCGAUCCUUCGAGUGUACUGCUGACUGUUGCCCCAUUACCAGGACCCAAGGUCUGUGGUUACUGUGGGACUCGAUACGAACAAGCCCACGAAUCUCAUCAUUAGUUGUAUCAACACGGAGCAUUGGGAGGGUCAGGAUGCAUGGGUUAUCACUUGGAUG